GAUAUAUAAGCCGGCCUCCGACCGACAGCAGCUCAGUCACUGACCGACUCCAGCUGCUGUCGGUCGGUGAGGAAGAGGAGAGGAAGAGGAAGAAGAAGAGGAGGAGGAGGAAAAAGAAGAGGAGGAAGAGGAGGAAGAAGAAGAGGAGGAAGAGGAGGAAGAGGAGGAAGAGGAAGAGGAGGAAGAAGAAGAGGAGGAAGAAGAAGAGGAGGAAGAGGAGGAAGAGGAAGAGGAGGAAGAGGGGGAAGAAGAAGCUGGACCGCAGCAGACAAAGGGUUUCCUCCGGGCGGGACCGGAGGUUUGUUGUCGUGUGUCCCGGAGAGAGAAGCUCCGCCGGCAUGGCCCUCUCCCGGAGCCCCGCCCCCCUGCCCCUCCUCCUCGUGCUGCUGUCCGCGGCCCUGCAGGUCUCUUCGGCGUCGGGACACUUUGAACUUCAGAUUUUGUCGAUGCAGAACGUCAACGGGCGGCUGCAAUCCGGCGCCUGCUGCGACGGCCCCCGGGACGACGGCCCCCGGGACGACAGGGGUCAGUGGGACGACGGCCCCCGGGACGACAGGGGUCAGUGGGACGACGGCCCCCGGGACGUCAGGGGUCAGUGGGACGACGGCCCCCGGGACGACAGGGGUCAGCGGGACGACGGCCCCCGGGACGACAGGGGUCAGCGGUGCGCGGCGGACGAAUGUGACACCUACUUCCGGGUGUGCCUGAAGGAGUACCAGCUGAAGGUGUCCACGGCCGGGCCCUGCAGCUUCGGCAGCGCCUCCACGCCGGUGCUCGGCGGGAACAGCUUCACGUUGCGCAACACCAAGAGCGACGACGGGGCCCGGGUCGUGUUGCCGUUCAGCUUCGCGUGGCCGAGGUCGUACACGCUGAUCGUCGACGCCUUGGACUUCAACAACGACUCGUCCUCCAGCAGCGGCGCGGCCAUCGAGCGGGCCGUCCACUCGGGGAUGAUCAACCCCGGCCGGCAGUGGCAGGCGCUGAAGCACGACGGCCCCGUGGCUCAGUUCCAGCUCCGGCUGCGCCUCGGCUGCGACGAGCAUUACUUCGGCUUCGGCUGCAACAAGUUCUGUCGGCCGCGCGACGACUUCUUCGGACACUACGAGUGCGACCACAACGGCAACAAGACGUGCCUGGAGGGCUGGUCGGGUCCGGACUGCCACACGGCGAGCUGCCGUCAGGGCUGCAGCGCCCAGCACGGAUCCUGUAAAGUCCCUGGAGAGUGCAGGUGUCUGUAUGGCUGGCAGGGCGAGUACUGUGAUCAGUGCAUCCCUCACCCCGGCUGCGUCCAUGGCAGCUGUGUGGAGCCCUGGCAGUGUCUGUGUGACACCAACUAUGGAGGACAGCUGUGUGACAAAGAUCUGAACACGUGUCGGACGCGGCAGCCAUGUUUGAACGGAGGAACCUGCAGCAACACGGGACCUGACAAGUACCAGUGCUCGUGUCCCGACGGCUUCUCCGGAGUCGACUGUCAGAGAGCGGACCACGCCUGCCUGUCCAGCCCGUGUCUGAACGCCGGCAGCUGUGAGGAAACCAGUCAGGGCUUCGAGUGUCGCUGCGCCGCCGGCUGGACCGGAGCCUCCUGCUCCAUCAACGUGGACGAGUGUCUGGUGAACCCCUGCGGUCACGGCGGGACGUGUCAGGACCUGGUCAACGGUUUCAGGUGCACCUGUCCGCCUCAGUGGACCGGGAGGACCUGCCUCAUCGAUGCCAACGAGUGCGACCACGACCCCUGCGUCAACGCCAACUCCUGCCGAAAUCUGAUUGGCGGAUACUUCUGCGAGUGCGUCCCGGGCUGGACGGGCCAGAACUGCGACACCAACGUCGACGACUGUGGCGCUCAGUGUCAGAACGGAGCGACGUGCAAGGACCUGCUGAGCGGGUACACCUGCGUGUGCGCCGCGGGUUUCGGUGGCGUCCACUGUGAGCGGGACGUGGACGAGUGCGCCAGCGGGCCGUGCCUCAACGGCGGUCGCUGCCAUGACGAGGUCAACGGCUUCCACUGCCUGUGUCCACCUGGUUCCUCAGGACGUCGCUGCCAGUCGGACGUCGAUUACUGCCGCCGCAGUCCGUGUCAAAAUGGCGGCCAGUGCUUCAACCUGGCGGCCGACUACGUCUGCAAAUGUCCCGAAGACUACGAGGGCAGGAACUGCUCGCGCCUGAGGGACCACUGCCGCACCUCGCCCUGCAAAGUGAUUGACAGCUGCACAGUGGCAGUGGCGUCCAACAGCACGGCGAGCGGGGUGCGUUUGAUUUCGUCCAACGUGUGCGGCCCCCACGGGCGGUGUCGGGGCCACGCCGGCGGACAGUUCAGCUGCGAGUGUGCGGAGGGCUUCACGGGGACGUACUGCCACGAGAACAUUAAUGACUGUGAGAGCGCCCCCUGUCUGAACGGAGGCACCUGUAUCGAUGGAGUGCGUCAGUAUCAGUGUGUCUGUGCCGAAGGCUGGGACGGCCCCGCCUGCCUCCACAACGUGGACGACUGUAGCUCCGCCCCCUGUCUGAACCGCGGCGUCUGUCGAGACCUCGUCAACGGUUUCUACUGCGAGUGCAACGGUGGCUGGAAGGGAAAGACCUGUCACUCAAGAGAGAGUCAGUGUGACGAGUGGACCUGUCACAACAGAGGAACCUGCCUCGACGAAGGCGAUGCCUUCAGGUGUGUGUGUGCUGUCGGCUGGGAGGGACGCAGCUGUAACACGGUGAAGAACGGCGUCUGUCUGCAGAGCCCCUGUGAGAACGGAGGCACCUGCGUGGUGGGCGGAGCCUCCUUCAGCUGCGUCUGCAAGGAGGGCUGGGAGGGCGCCACCUGCAGCCACAAUGCCAACGACUGUAGUUCUCAUCCCUGUUAUAACGGUGGGACCUGUGUGGACGGAGACAACUGGUACCGAUGUGAAUGUUCUCCAGGGUUCUCCGGCCCCGACUGCAGGAUCAACAUCGACGAGUGCCAGUCGUCGCCCUGCGGCUUCGGCUCCACCUGCGUGGACGAGAUCAACGGUUACCGCUGCGUCUGUCCCCCGGGACGAGCCGGUCCUCGCUGCCGAGACGCGGCGGGACGUCCCUGUGUGGUCAGAGGACUGGAGGCUCUGGACGGGAGCAGGUGGGACGACGACUGUAACAGCUGCCGCUGCCGCGACGGGAGAGUCGCCUGCUCCCAGCUUCGGUGUGGACCGAAACCUUGUAGCCUCCACGGGAAGUCUCAAGGCUCCGAGUGUCCCGCCGGUCAGACCUGCGUCGCCGUGCGGGACGAACGCUGCUUCGUCAAGCCCUGCCCCGGUCAGGGGGAGUGCUGGAGCCCCUCCCACCUGGCCCCGCCCACAGCCAGGUGUCACCCAGAGAGCGGCUGUGCCAACGUCACCUUCACCUUCAACAAGGACGUCAUGGCGAAGGGUGCGACGGUGGAGCAGGUUUGCCGCGAGCUCAGGAGCCUCUACGUGGUCGAGGACCUGUCCUCUGACUCCGCCGUCUCCCUGAGCUGCGAGUCGUCGCUCAGCACCGGCAACGAGAUCCACGUCGCCAUCUCGACGGACGACCGGAGGGGAGGUUUGACCUUCGUCAAGGAGGUCACAGACAGGAUCAUGGAUCUGGUGAGCAAGAGGAGCGCCAACAGCACCAUCAUCGGCGCCAUCGCCGAGGUCCGCACCCAGAGACGACCGAGCCGCAUCCACAACGCAGACUACUACCUGGGGCCCCUGCUGGUCUCCGUGGCGACCGUCAUCUGGGUGUUGGCGGUCACCUUGAUGUCACUGUGGUGCUUGAGGAGGCGGAGGAAGCAGAGCGCCCACACAGGGGUCAGCCCCCAGGCCGAGGACAACAACGCCCUCCACAACAGCAUCAGCGCCGCCGCCUGCGAGCAGCUCAACCACAUCAAGAACCCGAUCGAGAAGAUUCCACCAAACCACCACCAGCAGCAGCACCAGCUCCAUGGUCCCCACCUCUACCAGGACAAGAACUCCCUGAACGCCAAGUUCAGGAGAUCAGACGCCGGGAGCCGGUUGGAGGAAGACGAGGUGGACAAGAGGCUGCAGAAGGCGAGGUUCCCCCGGGCGCCGCCGGCGUACUCGCUGGUGGACUGGGAGGAACGCCCCCCCGACCACACGAUGGGCCAGCCCCCGCCCUGGACCAACAAACAGGACAACAGGCAGCUGCAGUCACAGAGUCGGAGCAGGACGGAGUUCAUGGUAUAACAGACUGGACGGAGAUCAGAACCUUCACUGACCGAUGGGGAACGUUAUGGUCAAUUAUCUUCAAUGUUCUUUUUUCGUACAGAAUUGUACGAACACUGUGAACGCUGCGCUGUGGUUGGCUGGACGACAGGAUGUGGACAUGCAGACACAUUCCUGACGCGCGUCGUCAGUUUCAGUCCUGACGGAACGUUCUGCAGAUCUGUUCCACCGCAGCCGACGGAGCUGGAAGAAAAGAUUUAUUGUGGUUGUUUUGUUCAGCAGUUUCUUUGAAAGUGAAGACGUGUCCACGUAGAAUGUUUCUGUACAGACGUGUACAUGUUUAAUUAAUCAUUAUGUGCAUUUGAUUUAUUUAAGUAAAUCGUCAAGAGCCUUGAGAUAUUUUUUUUCUAUAUUUUUUAUUUAUGAGUUGACGACUUCUUGAUGGAGAUUUUUUGGGGGAAAUAUUUUUUUUUCAUCAACACCAAAAGUUUUCUGGAAAAAAAGUCUAUUUUCUAUCCUUUUUGUAUUUUGGGGCAUUUUCGUGCCUCAAUUAAAUGUUUUGUACGUUCGUCAGUUGUUUGACGCCGUCGUCAGUUUUCAGUUCUGUACGUGUGAAUGGAAAAGGGGGCGGGGCCAGUGUGACAGGGUCUUUGUAUACAGAACAAGAUGGCGGCAGAUUUCGCUUUUGCUACUGAACAAUUCCUAAAGGGACGGAACUUUACUUGUAAUUAGUAUUUUUUGUACAGUGUAAACACUUUUGAAUCCUGCUUCAACUUGUCUGUGAUGAAGAGACAUGUGACGCGUCGCCUGUUGGUGAUUGGACGAUGAAUCAUGAGGCUGUCGGAUUUUAGUCGUCAGCCUCUUUGGUUCGUGACGGAGGAAUAAAUGAAUAAAAAACAUUUUUGUGAUUUUCA